UACUGCAGAGCGAUAAUGGCUGGUGGUUGAAAAUAAUUGCAAGACAACCAAGACAGAGCACGGCCGAAGCGGAGAUGUAGCGAUUCAAUCGGCGAAGAAGUGAGAUGUAUUGCUGCAUCGCGAAACGGAGGACGUGGAGCUGAGUGGACUUGCCGAUGACUGGUACCAGCGGUGUCAAGAUCGGCCUCAGCGGAGGAGGCUCGUGAAGGACGCUACUGGGCAGUUGGAGGCAGUCGCCCUCCAACAACAACGGAGGGCGGAGGAACGACGCUCACAACAACGAGCGGAGCGCCGGGUGGCUAAAGCACACGCAUUAUGCAAUACACUCGGCGAAAACGCCAAACCUCACGAACAAACCCCGACAACCACCGCCACGACGCACGACAAUUAUCCCAAACCCAAAACGUCAACGAGGCGGGUGUGCAGCACGCAGAUUGAAAAUCCCCACAAUUUUAAGCGAAUAAACUAAAACAAAAGUGUGUAGCGAGCGAGCGAGCGGGCGAAGCGCCGCGCUGGCGGAGAGAGACGCGACGCGGUGAAGAGGCGCGAGCAAUCAACAUGGCGGCGAGUCGCCUCGCCUAGGCCGCUCCGCCUCUCCGCGCUCCCCUCCUCCUCCUCCUCCCGCGCCUCCACAGAGCCGAGAGCUCCGCGCUGCCUCCCCGCGCCGACGCCGACGACCCCGACGACGCCGCCGCCUUCGUUCGACGUCUCUCCCCGUCUCGGUUCGGCCGUGCGAGUGCGCCGCGGAGGCGGUACAAAGUGUCCCCGAGGAUUUUUUCCAUUAAAGCGGAGAAAUGGCGUCAGAACUUGAAAGCAGUUUGACAUCUAUGGACUGGCUUCCACAAAUAGCAUUACAAACAGCUGCUGCAGCCGCCGCUGCGUCCAAGCACUCCGCUUCGGCCUCCGGCGCCGGCUCUGGCUCGGAUUCGAGCUCGGGUACGCUUCGGAGAACGCCCGGCUCCCCGGCAGGCGCGGCUCGCUCCUCGUCCGAGCCCGACGAGAGCCCGCAGGCUUGCAGCACCGGCAGCAAGGACGGCAAGCCGCCCUACAGUUACGCCAACCUCAUCACCUUUGCCAUCAACAGCUCCGCUCGCAAGCGGAUGACACUCAGCGAGAUCUACCAGUGGAUCUGCGACAACUUCCCCUACUACAAGGAGGCUGGAAUCGGCUGGAAGAACUCAAUCCGUCAUAACCUAUCUCUGAACAAGUGCUUCAUCAAAGUGCCUCGCUCAAGAGAUGACCCUGGAAAGGGAUCCUACUGGGCGAUCGACCAGAAUCCUUCGGAUGAAAAUUCAUCAACCAGACCCAAAAAGCGGCCACGGUCAAAUGACAGGGUUCCGCUGACAUCCCCCAACCAGGAGGCGGAUGCGCAGCAGGCGGGCGGUGCGCAGACCAACCCGCAGCUUUACACCAUGCCUAGUCCCCAGGCACAGAUGCCCUACAGCAGCCCCAACACAACGGGCGGCGGCAGCAGCAGCAGUAGCAGUGGCGGCACGCAUGGACAGUUCAAGAUCGCCAAGACGCAGACCAGCACGCAGAGCCAGUUCACCAUCACGAGCGCGCAGCCGAACUCGCAGAUGCCGUACAGCAUGCAGAGCACACAGGCCAGUGCAUCCUCCAGUCCCUUCAGUGUGGCCAAGGCCCAGGGCAACUCGCAGCAGCAGCACCAGUUUGCUGUGUCUGGUACUCAGAAGAGCCCCCAGGGGCAGGACUCGCAGUCGAGCACCCCUCCCCACUACGGCAUGGCUAGUGCGCAGCAGGCGCAUGCGCAGAGCACGCCGCCGUACGUGCUGCCAGAUUCGCCACCACGCAGCACCAAGAAGCCCAAGAUGUACGUGCCGGCGAGCGGAGCGCAGGGACAAUUUUCGGUGGCCGACUCGCCGACCAGCAGCCAGAGCGGCUACAGUAUCCCAAACACACAGGCGGCGGCCGAGGGCACGUACAGCGUUCCGAGCGUGCAGUCGGACGCGCUGAGUGCGCAGCCUUACAAGAUGGCAGAGGCGGCGCCCUACGGCAUGCCCAACUCACACGGGCAGACGGCCGCGCGGGGCAUGUACGACAUGCCAGGCGCACGUGGCCGCUACGGGAUGGGCAGGACGCACGCGGCGCACGCCAGCGCGGUGCAGCCUUACGCUAUCCCGCACUCGCUGGCCACGCCGCAGAACCAAUUUGGAGUUGGUGGAGCGCAAGCUGGUGGACACGGCAAUCAAGCCUAUGGCUUGGGGCCAUCCCAGCCCGGUGGCAGCACACGGAUGUACCAAUCCUCGGGCACCAAAAUGGGCUACGGAGAGCAGCCUGGCGGCUCCUACGGGCAGUACCCGACCACGGCAUUUGGCACGCACGCGCCCAGCGCACCAGGACACGCGCACAACCCCGGCACGCCCACGCACACCACCCCGACGCCGGCGGAGCCCUUCGACUCGCAGCUUGGCGGUGCCGAUGGCAGCCGGGAGCCAUCGGAGCCGGUGGGGCGUGACGGCGGACCCGACGACAAGCUGCACUUUAACAUGCAGGGCAACGCCGACGAUCUCAGCCAGUCCUUCCGUAGCCUCUACCGCAAUGUUUUUCAGGGAAUGAUAAACCCAGCGGCACAAGGCGGCGUUGGCGAUGGGGCAGGCAGCGCGCCAUCGGCCGAGCACUUGGGCCACGCCACCCACCAGGCUGUGACGCACCCCACGCCACGCCUCUCCCACCAGGGACCCACCGGCUGCCCGUAUGGGACCAACGCGGGUCACGCCGCACAGGGCGUUGGCAACGGAGGCCCACUACCGAGUCCCGGGCUCUGGUCUAACCUGGACCUGCUGAAGGAGAGCUGUCGACGAGCCUCCAGCUUCAAUUGGGCCGAAGUGGACAUGUCCCAGUAUCAAGAGUUGCUGGAGAGCAUGCGGCGGGCAGACAUGAACAACUGGUGCCUGGACACGAGCCAACUGGCCGACCUGUGCUCCUCCCUGGGACACUUCUUCUCCCAGACUGGGCUCUUCCAGCCAGUGGGCCGAGACCAGCUGCCAAGUGCCCCUUCACGUGCAAUGUAUGGAACACCUGGAAACAUGGUGGGGGCCUCGGGCUAUCCACACCUCACUGCGCCAAGCAACGCAAACGCUCACCCAGGCCAACCCCCGCCCUUGUACCACCUACCACUGCCACAGCGACGCAUCAGCCAAGAGGAGAUAGAGAACGACUUUGACUGGGAUUCCAUUGUGUGAGGCCUGCGUGGCGAGCGGGAUGGCCUGAGUGGAUGAGCGCCGCUCCACACAAGCAAACUUGAAAACUGUAAACUCUACAAAACACUUUUCUGAGAAGGUGGAUAGGAAUUUUAGUUGAAAAUCCUACUUCACGCAGUUGGCAAAUGGUAAAUGUACCAACUAAAAAAAAAACAAAUGUCUUAAAUAUGGAAGUAAGUUUUACACACUGGGGCACAAUGACAUUAAGGUUGUGGGAAAAGAAAUACAUUUGGGAAGGGUUCUUUUUGCACAUUAAAUAUGGGAAACUGCGGAAAUGAAAAUGUUUUUAUUCUUCAAAGAUACGUUUAUAAACGUAUCCUAAAAACAAGUAUUACAAACACCUGGUCCAAAGGGAUGUCUGUAAUAAAGUUUAAAAUUACGUCCCCUGAGCGUGCCAAUAAGAAAGAUACAGUAAUAUAAACGAAAAUAUGUGAUAGUAAUAUAAAAUCUAUUAAUUUCUAUAUAUGAACAUAGUUGAAUAUAUAUGUGGAUGCAUAAAAAUAAAGCGUUGGGCAACGAGAGGGGGGAAAGUGAGCGGGCACGUCGACACCACAGUUUCGGCGCUUUUCCACCUCCUCCGCUGCCACCGCCACCAGACGACCCAUAAUUGCGUUCUGGAGGGUUUUUGUCCACAGACAAUCAUUUUAAAUGUUUUAUAGACGCGAGGUUAAAUGUGCACAAAGUGUAGUAGAUUGGUUGGAAGAGAAAAUCAAGGAUACAGUUCAAAGUGGGCCCUGUUUUUUGAAGACGGUGCACAAAGCAGGUGCUGCUGCCACACUCGUCAAUUUAUUUUUUUUGUUUUUGGAAAACGAGCUUGGGGGCUCAACAUUAUUUUUCAAAACAAACUGCCAUGCUUCUUCUUGGGAGCAGAAAACUUGUGCAAAUACAUAUUUUAAAUGGUCAAAAAAUAUAUAUUUAGAGGGUUGAAAAGUUGUGUGGCUUUGGCGCGUGGGUUGGGAGCGAGCUGGGGGCAUCGUUGUACCCCGCACGGUGCUACAAGGGCCGCGCGGCCUCACGGCAUGUGUGACUAUCGAACGUUUCAUACCGUUUUGAUACAAGACUUGAUAUUGAUGUACUAUCAAUUGAAUUAUUUCCACAUUAUUGGAAUCGAUAUUUUUUUACCCAUUUGGCCAAAUUCGGAUUGUCAAUUUGAUCAUGUACAUACCCAAAAAUAUAUAAUGCUUAAAAGCGUAAUGUGAACUUUUAACCCCCUUGUAACAUCUGCUUUGAGGCUUUUGUAGUUUUUUUCCCCCUUAGAUUUAAAAAAUCUUGUCGUGAAUGAUUUUUUAGUUUUUUUUUUAUUUAAACAGAUGCCAGCGAUAGACCUCAGUCUAAGCAGAUUUUGUUGCUGGGGUGAAUGCUUUGUUUAACGUACAGUGAAAUUAUUGAUAUCGCAUCGAUAUUGUGGUACAUCGCUUGAUAUCGUAUCGAUAUAGUGCGGAGCGCAGGAAAGAGAUAUCUCACAUCCGUGGUGGUGGUGGUGGUGGUGGUGGCAUGUCGGCUCACGGGUGGAGCGAUGGCAGGGCUGGAAUGUUGUGUGGGAUGGGGUUUUUACAGUUUGGAAUGGGUGGGGAGUAGAGGUGUAGCUGUAAUCGGGGAAGGGAUGGGCGGGCCAUGAGGGAGUGCAGUACUUCGAUGCCGUCCUGUGAGCCCGUCUACCUUGUCCACCCCAGGGGCGGCGUGGCAUGGUGGUGGACACACCGAGGAGCCCCCACAGUGCCAUGGGCCCUAUGGCUCUCCCUCGGGCCAGCAGCUGCCCGCCCAGCUAUGUGCUGCUGGCAACGCGGUUCGCGUGACAGUGCGAGCACACGAUGAUGAGUCUGUGCUUUUGUAUUACUGAUGUAAGUGGUCUGUGUGGUCAUGACGUGAUGAUGCUAGCCAUGCGGUAGCGUAACGCAAUGUCAAUUAUGUAAACCUUUUUGAAUUUUUUUUAACGGUCAUUUUUACGUACGUUGCCCACAAUGCUUUGCAUUGUAUGCUAAUGAGCUGGCUAUUUUCCUCGUUGAUUGGCUGAAAGAUUGCUGUGUGUUUGUGGCGUGAUGUGUUAAUUAUCGUGCAAAUUAAAGCAACAAUUACUGCCUUAAUUGCUUAAUUUGCAUAAAACACUAUAGGCACUUUGCUUUGUACUUACCGCCAGUAAAAACGUAUCUUAUUGGUCAGCACUUAACCUUUUUACAGUAAAACCGUUUAUGAUUGGUUAGGAAGGCGGCAUCUACUCUAAAAUAUUGGGAUGUAAUGGAAAUGAGGCUUAAUAGUUUAAUAUUUCUUAUAAGAUCAUUAAAUCACAAAUUAAUGUAGGUCGGCAUGAAAAUGUUUACAUUUUAGCACCUGUAAGGCGACUGGGUUCUGUGCCAUUUCAGAUGAACGUUGGCGACUUAUGGAGGCACCAUCCGAGUAGCCUUACUCAUGUGACAGCCCAAAUCCCUUUUGUAAAUUUUCUCUUCAGUUUUUAACGCUUAAUGCAAUAUAAUGAAUGAAUAUACAAUUAAUAAAUUGCAUGUAAGUUCUUAUUUAUUUUUUUUUGUUAAUUUUCAUAUUUCAAUGAGACCAUGGUUUUACUGUAAAAUAGAUUUUGACCAAUCACAAACGGUUUUACUAGAUAUAUAAAACAUCCUUAUGUGUAUAUAUUCAACUUACAGUUUUUUGUGUGUACAUAUAUUUAUACAUAUGUGUUUAAGCUUUAAGUGUCAUAUACUAUCAUAAUAAAAAAAAAGAAUUAUAAGAAAAAAAAAUAAUUAUCGUUCGGCUUGUUAGCGCUUUGAGAAUGGCGCCAUUGGGUUGAUUUUUUUGUAAAUUUUUACGGAAUUUAUUGUCGUGACAGUCACUGACACAGCGGUGACCCUUGGAAGUAUGUAGUGUAACGGUGCGUGGUGCUUAGAGCUUCUGUGUGGUGUCUGUGGCCUACAACCCAAACGCUCCCGCUCUGCCUUGUGUACACAGCUGUGCAACUUCACCGCAAAUACUAUUUACAUGCAAAUCUAAAUCCCGAGGUAUCGUACACACAGUACACAUAGUUGUAAUGUAUAUGUGAUUGUGUGUAUAUGUAUAUACAGUGUGUGUGUGUCUACAUAUUUAGUACAGACACGUGCAUAUUUAUGUAAUGCACACACACAAACACUUGGUAGGCCAUAAGGUAACAGCAGAAUAAGUAUAAUGUAUGUCGGGUUGAAACCCCACCCCGUCUGGUGUCUGACCCCAGCUGUUGCUCGAUAUAGUCCUGUCCCCGGUUCUUUAACUUUUGUUUAUAUCGUAUGUAUUUUAACAGCUUUCCAUGUCAGACUUGUGUGGUAUAGCGGCUUGAUACUGUUGAAGCAAUAAACGGUGUUUGUAAGGA